AGGCAGUAUGAUACAGAAAGGACAGCCUACUCAGGGUAGCAACCUUUCACACUUAAGAGCGACAAGUGACCAGAGAGAAGCACUUAUCAAUAAUGAUAGUCAUAGUGAACACCCUGAAACUUCUUUCUUUAUAGAUAGAGAAGGCAGGAGCAUUACUCCUACUGGACUCCCAAACCCAGUCAUGUAUACACAUUCGCCCAGUGUUACAGAUUCCAGUGAAGAUGAAGUUGUUUUUACUGGCCGAAACAACAGAGGACACUCAAAAUCAUCACUCACCCAAGAUCAGUUCAUUAUUGACAGCCUUGUUCAAGAACCUUCUAUCGGACAAGUUGCAGACUAUCGAAAAGAUGAAGAUCAUCUUGCUUCAAGGCAGAGUUUCUCUGUUUCACCUGUGGUGUACAACAUGCUAUCAAACAAAUCGCCUGCAGAGCGAGGUAUUACAGACCUGUCAGAUACCGAGAUCCAUGAUGGUAUCGACAGCUGUGCCUCGGACCAUUCCACCUCGGAAAAGCCAUCGUGGAUAGAGCAUUCAAACAUCCAGACCACGCCUGCUUCCAUAUCGCUCAACACACACGGGCUUUCUUUUGAGAGCCGAGUGAAAGACCGCACCCUAUUGAUUGGUGGAGAAGAUAGCGAGAGACAUGCCGACGACCUCAAUCUUGAAUCGGCAAAGUCUUAUAUCCCCUUUGAUUUAGAAAGUGAUCAUUCAAGUAUACAGACCGACCAUUCCUCUAAUGAUUCUGAAAGAGAUAUCGAUGCACAUGAACUUGGUUUUCUCCUUGGCACGGAUAUUGGUGCACAAGACAUUAUGAUUCUGGGCAAAGGUAAAACUCAACAUUUGAAGCAGAAUGGGCUAGGACGGAGAUUACCCGGGAAGAAAGCCUCACGCCGGGGAAUUACCUUCUCGGAUGUAACACAGUUCGACCUGCAUGAGCCUGACACGAUAAAAUAUAAUGAAUAUACGCCCAACAAAAAACCCAAAGGCAAACUCGCAUCCUUCCAUUUAUCAGACAGUGAACUUGAGACCGAACUUGAGACCGAACUAAAGAAGGCAUACCAAAAUGAUAGGGCACGCAAGAAGAUAAAGAAGCAGCAAAGGGAGGAGCUUCGUUCUCAGGGAUUGCUUGGUCGUAACAAGGACAAGGCAGAUCUUAAGGUCAAAUACCCAGACGGCAUGGAUAUCGAUGAUUUAAAAUUGGAAGCCCGCACUUUCUUAACUUCUCAUUGGGAUAGUUUGGCAUUGCCUCCUAUGGACAAACGACAACGACGACUGGUCCAUAAUAUGGCAAACGCUGUUUCUUUGAAAUCUCAGUCGAAAGGAUCUGGUACUUCGAGGUUUCCAAUGCUAUACAAGACAUCUCGCACUCCGCAGUAUACCCAAAAAACAAUAUCCAAGGUCGACCAGAUAUUUUCAGGGGGUAAGUUUGAACGCCAGGUCGCCCAGCAAUGGGAAAGUCAUGCAUCAAGCAGCAAAACGAAAAUUCGCGCGGGCCAUUUAAAGAAAUCUGUGUCUUACAUGGAUGGCGAUAUUGUCGGCGGCUCUGCGCCGGAAAUUGGUGCCCAAAACAAGGGAAGAGCUAUGCUCGAAAAGAUGGGUUGGAGUAUAGGAACCCCCCUUGGAGCUUCUAACAAUAAGGGCAUCUUACUUCCUGUCACACAUGUUGUAAAAAAUACUAGGGCGGGUCUGGGAUAGUGUAUAUAAUACAGCGAUCUCUCAGCAAAGUACUGAGUUUUUUAUUCUUGAGAUGGAAUCAGAUUGGCCUAAUUUAUACUUCUACUUUAAAGGGCUGUCAUUGGGAUAGGCUUUGACCCAAGUAUCGCAUUUAAUGAUUAUCAGUUCAUGUAAAUUGGGGGGUUAUAUCUUGAGGUCAAUAUACAAGGUAGCAGCAAACCAUACAGCUUCUCGUUAAAAAAGGGUC